AUGACACAAAUACUUCCCUCGGUCUAUCAAGAGCUUCCCAAAAUGGCCUCUUCUGAUUUGCCGACAAAAUCUGACCUGCAGGAAAAUUUUUUAAGCUCCUUUUUAGCUAGAACAUUGCCUGCUGGUUGCAAAGUUGUGGACAUCACAGAAGGGGCACAAAAGUCAGUGGAAGGUUUUGACUUGAAUAAAAAGAAAAAGUUUGAAAAAAUGAAACUAACCAAGAAAACGCUGACUUCAAAAGAAAAAAAAAAGCUAAAAAUAUUUGAAAUCAAACCAGAAGAACAGAACUUCCACAACUUCAUUCCCAUGUACCAGUUAUGGCUUCAGUACAUGAAAGAUCUCAUCCAUUUUGGCAAUGUAAACAGCAGCAACUUGCCAAGUGUACAGAUGAAAAUCCUAAAGGCUGACUAUCAUGGCUGCUUACUGACUGUGUGUCAAUCAAAAUGUCCUUCAUUUGUUGGAACAACAGGGAUUGUUGUAAUGGAAACCAAGAACACUUUCAAGGUAAUCACCAAAAAUGACAAACUGAAAUGCAUUCCCAAAAGGAAUUCCAUCUUCUGCUUCCAAUUAGGUGAUUAUUGCUAUACCCUUUAUGGCAACCAUUUGCAAGUAAGAGCAAGUGAAAGGACUCAUCGCAGGUUCAAAACAAAAUCAACAAUUGCUUUGUGA